AUGGGACAUGAACUAAGCAAGAAAAAGGACAGUUCUUAUACCGUCAUGGCGAAGACAGGAGAUCGACCAAACGGAGGAACUGAUGCUAAUGUUUUCGUGACUCUCUACAAUAAGAACGGAGAUGCAUCGCCAAAAAUCAAACUAGACACGCGAUUACACGAUGAUUUGGAGCGUGGACAGACAGAUAUCUUCAACGUCAAAGGUAUAAGCAGUGACUUUGGCGACGUGGCUGCCAUAGAUAUCUGUAAUAAGGGUAAAGACCGAGUCAAAGAUGAUUGGUUUGCCGAGUGGGUGUCCGUUGUUAAGGGAGAUGAAGAUCUAUUUCAGUUUCCUCUAAACCGGUGGAUACGAGCGGCUGAUGGCAAGUUAAG